AUGUUCUGUCUGUGGAUCCAGAUUUUUCUGGACCUCUGUCAAAUUCUCAACCAAAGAUGUUCCCCUCAUACCACCGGGAACCGAGCUACUUCGAGAUCCCCACCAAGGACUUCCAGCAUCCCCGAACCUCAGGGGUGGAGCUCCAUGAAAUCCCCACCAAGGACACAGAUAUACCCCCAGCCCCUCCCUCCCCUCCCUCCCAGACCCCGCCAGUUGUUCAGAGCCACGCUUCCUUCACCAUUGAAUUCGACGACUGCAGGCCAGGAAAAAUCAAAAUCAAAGACCAUGUCACUAAGUUCUCCACCCGCCAGAGGAAGCAGCAGGCUCCGCCCUCCAAGACGACCAUCACAGCCACACCUGCCGAGGUGAUGUCAGCAGAGAGCAAGGUGGCUGAUUGGCUGGUCCACAGUGAUGUCAGCAUGAUGAGGAGACGUCCAACAUGUGAAGACGUUUUCAGCACAAAGAGCGACCUCGCCAUGAACAUCAAGACCCUCAGAGGUCACCAUCAUGAGGAUGGAACCCAGAGCGACUCAGAAGACCCAGUUCUCAAAGGAAGGAGUAAAUCCCACCACUCUGUCCAAUCAGAGCAGUCUGAGGUAUUGCAGCACGCUGUCCAAUCAAGUCAGUCUAUCUACUGUCAACCGCCUACUCCUACACAGAAGCUCCACCAGCCACUGCAGUACUCUCCGACCAGUACGGCCCCAGCCUCACCUGUGGCCCCAGAGCGGCCCCUGUCCCAGAGCCCUACUCAAGGUCCAUCCCCCACCACCGAGAUACAAAAGCAGGGCCCCCCUGAGCACCUUACCCAGCAGGCCUUCAUCAUUGAGUUCUUCGAUGACAACCCACGCAAAAAACGCUCACAGUCCUUCACGCACAACCCUGCCCACGCAGACUCGUACUCUGCCCUGAAGGCCAAGAUGGAGCGGCGCAAAGGCAGCGAGAGGCCGGCAUCAGUGCAUGGCCACAUCCCCCCCACCCAGCAGAUGACAGUUCCUCUGAAGGGGCAGAGCCACGGUGGACCCCAGAGGUCGAGCUCUCUAAAGAGAGAGAAGACAGAGGGGGAGGUGGCCUCAUUGAAUUCCUCUUCUCGCUCUUCCCCAGGCAUCGUCAUCAGACCCUUUGGCAGCGUCGGGAAGAAAUCCAAGCUUGCCCAGGAGUUUGCCACUGAAUUCCUGAAGGAUUCCAGUCAGCAGGACUCUUCUCCAACAAGGGACAAGAUGUCACCUCCACCCAUGUCUGCGCCGCCAGUGAUGGUGUCACCUCCUCAUGUAAGGAUUCCCUCUCCACAAGAACCUACAGCACCAUCCUCUGUCUCCUACCCCUCGUCCCCCUUACAGCCUCCAGCCAUUUUACAGUCCUCCACCCCCACUAAUGCUGGACAGACUGCCUCUCCUGUGCGCUCCUCUGGACCUCACAUGUCCUCAAUGCUCCCUCAUGGCGUCCGUGCAGGAGACAUAAAAGGUUCCCAGAGGAUGGUGAGGAAUGAGGAGGAUGACAGUCUGAGUGAUGCCGGAACCUACACCAUCGAGACAGAGUCACAGGACAAGGAGGUGGAGGAGGCUCGCAACAUGAUCGAUCAGGUGUUUGGUGUCCUCGACUCUCCAGAGUACAGUGGUGUGAACACAGGAGUGUAUAGACCUGUAAUAAAUGAUGGCAAGGAUGAACAAGCUAACCUGCCUAGUGAUGGUAGCACUGUGGACCUGUUGCAUGGCUUUAUCCCAGCUGCAAUCAGUGGCCCCCCAACAGGCCCCAUACAGGUUCCAGCUGCUCAUGUACAAGGUCUGGAAGGACCUAAGUGGGUUUCCCGCUGGGCCAGUCUGGCAGAUAGCUAUGCUGAACCUGGUUCCACUCCACCUCAAGGGGAAAGUCUAGAAGCUUUACGCUUCAUGAGCAGCUCAAUGGGAACUUACAGCCACGACAACUCUGAGUCGGAAUCAAGCCACAGCUCCAGGAUCAGAAGGCUGCUGCCCCAGGUGCCUCCAGAGAAGCUGGAUAGUGUCGCCCCGAGUAUCUUGAUUGGUCAUGAAUCUUACCAAGGCGAAGAACCUCUGGACAGAGUGUCUGGUCCUCCCCACCGACAAGAUUCCACCCAGCAUCUGUCUGUUAAGGAUGACGUAGACCCAGAUAGCCUGAGCGAUGCCAGCCGCUCAGAUGAUGGACCAGUUCUGGAAAGGACAAAGAGGAAUCAAGUCAGAUCUGGAGCUAUGUCACCAGGGGUCACUGGUCCUCAGGUUAGAGGUCAGGAGAGAGUGUCUCCAUCCAACAAAUCCACGUCCUUCUACAUUGGUUCUGAAGACCAUCCAGGCAAACCUGACCAGGCCCAGAGCCCAGUACAGUCUGAGAGGACGCGAGAGCCCCCAGCAAAAACUCCCCCUACCACAGUCCUGAUACGACACCUGAGUGGACAUGAACCCAGGAGGACAGGUGUUAAACCCAACAGCUCUGCUCCAAACCUCCAAAUACAGGACAGGGAUUCUGUCCCAACUAAAGACAAUUGCAUGUCAUCAUUUGUCCGGCAGGAGAGCUUUACCAAAGAGCGGCCCAGUGACACUGUCCAGAUGAAAAAACUUCCCCAUAUUUCCAGCCACCCAUCCAUCAGAGACAUGGAGCAAAGGAGGGAGAACAUCGAGGAAGCACAGUUGUUCCUUCAGGAGGCUGAGGGAACUUUGUCUUCUCUGGACACCAGGUUCCCCUCGUCAGGUUUUGGUCGCAGCUCAAAGAAAGGGGGUUCCUCCAGCCACAUGGAUGACUCCCUGUCUGGUGAGUCAGAUGUGGACACUGCAAGCACUGUCAGCCAAGUAAGUAGCAAAAACGCUCCGGUCAACUCAGCUUCUAAAAAGCGUCCCGCCAUUAGCAGCCUUCAGAAGGAGAAGUCAUCUUCCAGCCCAGCCAUCCAACAAAAGGGACGGCAGCUCACUGCCCGUGAACGACUUUCUGAGAAACGCCAAAGCCAGACGACUCCUAAUGUAUCAAGUAAGAGUGAUGCAGAAAAGCGCUUUCAAAUGCGUCGCAGUACAGGGAACUGUGGCUCUCUGGAUCUUUCUGAGGGCCAGCAGAGUCCUGGUACACACUGGACUGAAAGUACGUCAUCUGACCAUGAAACUUCUCGUCCAUCCAACCGUAGCAAGAAACUAAUCACCCCUCUUCAGAAAGAGGACAAUGACAAAACGGCCAAGACAGUGACUCAGCAGGUCCUGACACGUUCCAACAGCUUGUCAGCACCACGGCCGACCCGAGCCUCCAUGCUCCGCCGAGCACGACUGGGCGAGGCUUCAGACAACGAAGGUGCUGAGACUGACCGGGGAUCACAGAAUUCUGACAAUAUCACUGCACCACCCAAACUCUCUGCCGAAGGGAAGAAGAUGUCCAGACUGGACAUCUUGGCAAUGCCCCGGAAGAGGACUGGCUCCUUCACAGCUCCCAGCGACAAUGAAACAUCCUCCACAGGACGGUCUGCUUUCUCCAACCGCAACUCCGAGUCUGCUUCCACCACCAGGAAGGUAUUGGUGAGCGACGCUCGGCAGGUAGCCAGCAGACGAGGUGGAGCUCCUGGGAAGCAAACAUUGACCCACACCCGGUCCAGUGGAGCAAAGUAUCCCAGUACUGGUUCCCGUCGCAGACAGAAGGAAUCAGACUUCUCAUCCUCUGAGGAAGAAUAUGAAAUGAAUGCUGCAGCUUCGAAAGCCAAACGCUUGUCCCAUCACUCCGCCUCUGCCCAGACUCCCCGCGGCCAGCGCACAGCCGCCACUCGAUCCAAAUCUGUUUCAUUGGAAACAGAAGAGGAUGAAGACCAGAACGAGGUCGACCCUUACCAGAACUGGUCCACGCACAGCGCAGAGAUUGCCAAGCUCAGUCAGGACCUGGCUAAAGACCUCGCCAUCCUGGCGAAGGAAAUCCAUGAUGUCGCCGGGGACGGAGACUCGCCGAGUUCGGGCAUGGGCACCACCACCUCGCCCAGCUCACUGCCGAAUACACCAGCCUCCACCAUCUCUGCCAGAGAGGAGGUGGGCCUCCCGAACCACAACAACCAUCACACACACCAGAAAAUGCCACAA